AUUCUCUAGGUGACAAGAAUCAAUUAUAUCGGACAUCAAAGUCUACAGAUUCCAAAAAUCAGUCCAACUGCAGUUUCUGCACAACCAAAAAUAGUUGCAGAAUGGUACGCUCAAGAACAAAGUUGAUGAAUAUUCUGAUUGAAAGAGGGAAACCCCAGGAAGUCCAAUCCAUAUUUGACAGUUUGAUUGAAGGAGGGCACAAGCCAUCUCUUAUAACAUACAAAACCUUGUUGGCUGCCCUGACCAUCCAGAAGCGCUUCAAGUCCAUUCGUUCGAUUAUCUCACAGGUAGAAGAAAAUGGAAUGAAGCCUGACUCAGUAUUCUUUAAUGCUGUUAUAAAUGCUUUCUCUGAAUCUGGGAACCUAGAGGAAGCCAUGUAAACCUUUUGGGAAAUGAAGAAGAGUGGAUUAAAACCAACAACUAUUACUUAUAACGCAUUGAUUAAAGGUUACGGGAUUGCUGGUAAGCCUGCAGAAUCUCUGAAACUGCUAGACUUGAUGUCCCAAGAGGGAAAUGUAAAACCCAAUCUCAGGACUUAUAAUGUGCUUGUCAGAGCAUGGUGUAAGAAGAACAACAUUGUGGAGGCGUGGAAUCUGGUACAUAAGAUAGUAGCUUGUGGAAUGCAACCUGAUGCAGUUACUUACAACACAAUAUCAACAGCUUACGCUCAAAAUGGAGAGACAGAUCGGGCUGAAGGGAUGAUUUUAGAGAUGCAGAAAAACAGAGUGCAGCCCAACGAGCGAACUUGUGGCAUCAUCAUAAGUGGGUACUGUAAGGAAGGUAAAUUGAAGGAGGCCUUGAGGUUUGUGUACAGGAUGAAGGAUCUGGGGCUGCAUCCUAAUCUCGUAAUUUUUAACUCGUUGGUUAAAGGAUUUGUGAACACCAUGGACAGAGAUGGGGUGGAUGAGGUUAUGACAUUGAUGAAUGAAUUUGGGGUCAAAGCAGACGUGAUUACAUACAGUACCAUAAUGAAUGCAUGGAGCACAGCAGGAUUCAUGGAAAAGUGCAGGGAAAUCUUUGAAGAAAUGAUGAAGGCUGGAAUAAAACCUGAUGCACAUGCCUACAGCAUUCUUGCUAAAGGCUAUGCACGUGCGCGAGAACCCGAGAAAGCCGAAGAACUAUUGACAGGAAUGACCCAAUCAGGAGUCCGUCCAAACGUUGUGAUUUUCACAACUGUCAUCAGUGGAUGGUGCAGCACUGGCAGGAUGGAGCGCGCUGUCAAGGUUUUUGACAAGAUGUGUGAAUACAAGUUUUCUCCAAAUUUGAAGGCAUUUGAGACCCUAAUAUGGGGAUAUGGAGAAGCGAAGCAGCCAUGGAAAGCAGAAGAAAUGCUCCCAAUUAUGGAAGAAUUUAACGUUCAGCCAGAGAAGUCCACCAUCUUGCUUGUUGCAGAAGCAUGGCGUGGCACCGGAUUAACAAAAGAGGCAAAUAGGAUGCUGAAUAGUUUGAAAGGCAAUAGAAUAACACAUCAGAUAGGGACAGAAGAAGAGAUACCAGAGAAAAUUGAGCAGAAGCAGCCUACUGGUGCCUCUUUUUCCAAGUUGUUGGAUAUAACAGCAAACCCCGCGUGCAUGUCAACCAUAGUUAACCCAAGAAAUAGACUUGGGAAUGAAUAUAAUUCAAAUUCCAAAGCUGAUUACUUGUGA